AUGAAAUUCCUUCAAAAAUUUAUAAUCACAGUUGCUUUGUUAACAAACAUUGUUUUUGCCAUUGACAUUACUGAGAAUAAAGUUGAUCGUGGCUCUGUCACUUUAAGUUUUGGAGAGAUUAUCAUUCACCCAGGCGCAUCUUGGUCUAUAAUUGAUAAUGCCUUUUCUAAUUUCAUUGGUAAACUAGACGUCAAAGCUAAAAGUGCAUUAUACAUCUCGCUGACCUCACAUCUUUUAGCCCUUCAAGUUAGUUUGACUACUUUGCUCCAUUCAAUCAACAAUAGUGGUAUCAUUUCGUUUGAUUCACGUGUCUCGUUGACACCAUCUUCAUAUGAUUUAAGAGGUCUAUCAUUUACCAACAGUGGUGAAAUGUACUUUGCUGCUUCAGGUAGAGUACCAAGUACCAUGUCCCUUACUUCUGCUCUGUGGACCAACACCGGGUUAUUGCUGUUCUAUCAAAAUCAAAGAACUUCAGGUGCUGUAUGUCUUGGGUUCCCUCUAGGAUCUAUUACCAACAGUGGUAAAAUAUGUUUGAACAAUCAAGUAUACCAACAAACAACUCAAAUUAAAGGUUCGGGUUGUUUUUCUGCUAAUGGUGAUUCCACUAUUUAUAUUGCCAAUGUGUUAUUGUCGGUUUCUGCAAAUCAAAACUUUCAUUUGGUCGAUAAAGACUCUUCUAUGAUUGUUCAAGCAAUUUCGACUACACAAACAUUUAAUGUUUAUGGAUUUGGUAAUGGUAAUAAAAUUGGAUUGACUCUCCCUUUAAUUGGAAUUAUUCUUGAAUCGGCUCACAGUUAUGAUUCCUCCACGGGUAUAUUGACUUUGCGUAACUUUUUACUUGAGCAAAGAUUCAAUAUUGGAUUAGGAUAUGACUCCAGUAAAUUUCUGGUGGUUACUGAUUCUGGGUCAGGUAUUCCUUCCACCAUUUGGGGGUCAGUUACAUAUACUGGACGUGUUCCAACAAGAGCAUUACCUAAAUCUUGUCAAAUGGCAUGUAAACCAAUUCCUGAGGCACCAGGAGUAAAACCGACCGAUUACACGACCACUAUCACCAAAACAAAUACUGCGGGGAACACCGUCACUGAAACGGGCGCGGUUACAAUUCUGACGGAUAAAAGUGGAUCAUGGUUCACUACAACAUCAAUCUUCCCAACAUUAACAACUGCUACAUCUACCUCCAUUACAACUACUUUGUCUAAUGAAGCUCAUAUAAAGACAACUGAUAACACUUUAGCUAAAGUAUCAUCUACUGUGGAUUAUAUAUCUGCACCAAUCUCAUCAAGUGAGUUUAUUAGUUUGGAAUCGUUUGUUGAUGAAACUUUGUCCAAUGAAAAUCCUAUUUCAACAAGUACAGACUAUGCUAGUGAGAACUCUUUUGCCAUCAGCGAAUCUACUUUCAUAACUGCUAGUGAUUUCCAAGCUACUGAAUCAUUGGUCACUGAGUCAUAUUUUUCAAAACUGCAAUCUAGUGAUUCUGAAUCUUUUGUAAUCAAUACAUCUUCUGCUGUUGAUAAUUCAUAUGUUUCAAGUUCCUCAAGUGCUGGUGGAUCAUCCUUUCCUGAAGAGACACAUAUGUUGCAAACAUCUGAUAGUGAUUUGUCUUCUACAGCCGGAAGUGAAUCAGAUGUUACAGAAUUCAGUGAUGUGUCAUUGGCUACUGCCAGUGACUCUUCCAUUGCCGAUAAAUCGAUUGGAACUGAAUCUUUAUAUUCUGAAAUAUCUUUAGUAUCUGCUAGUGAGUCAACUGGUUCAAUUGGUGAACUUUCUAUUUCUGGUGAUACAUUACUUAAGACAGCUAGUGAAACCAAAUUUGUUAAAUCAUCUUUCCUGAGUGAUUUGAUUUCUGAAACUUCUAGUGAAUUAUUUGUCAGCUCAUCUGUUUCCACUGAUAUGAUUCUUGAAACUGCCAAUGACUCUUUCAUAACUAGUGACAAAGUUGUGGAAACUCCAUCCUAUUCCAAUGAAUUGGCUUUUGAAACUGUUAGUGAAACAAUUAUAAAUUCAUUUGUCUCCAGUGAAAGCUCCCUUAAUACUGCUAGCAACUCUCUCAUUGCUAGUAAACCAUCUACAGAUAGCUCAUCAUAUACAACUGACAUUGAUUUUGAAACUACAACUAAAUCAUUUGCUGAGUCACCAUCUUAUUUCAGUGAGACUGUUUCUGAAAUUGCAAGCAAAUCAUCCUUAUCCAUGGUUGAACCCUCUUGUUGGAGCGAAUUACCGUUUGAAACAUCCAUCGAAUCAUUAAUUGCUCCAUCGUAUAUCUCCAGCGAGCCAGCUCCUGAAACUGCUAGCGAAUCAUUUAUUGUCAAACCAUCCUAUUCCGAAAUAGCUUCUGAAUCCAUUACCAAGUCCAUCAUAUCUACCAUUGAGGCUUCUAUUUCUAGUGACAUAUUUUCUGAUGCAACUACUGGGUCAAUUGUAGUACAACCAUCUGUCUCUAGUGGAAUUUCUCUUGAAAUUCCCAGUGAAUCUAUGCUUUUCAGUGAAAGCAGUAUUUCCAAACCUUUUAUUUCCAGUCAAUCAAUUCAUGAAUGUACGAGUGAUUCCAUCUUGGUUGUUCCAUCAUUCUUUUCCAGUGAUGUUUCUUUUGAAACUGUUGAAUAUUCAUCGACUGUUAGUACGUCAGUGGAUGCUGAACCGUCGUAUUCCAGCGAAAUUUCUUUGAAAACUCCUAGUGAAUCUUUCAUCGUUAGUGAGACAUUUCUUGAACCCUCUUAUUCUGGUGAAGUCGUUCUUGCAACUCCUAGUGAGUCUGUCGUUGCUAGUGAAACAGACGUCAACAAACCAUCAUAUUCUAAUGAAGCUGUUUUACAAACUCCUAGUGAAUCUUAUAUUCUCAGUGAAACAGGCGUUAAAGAAUCAUCAGAAUCAAGUGAAUUUGCUCUUUCAACUCCUAGUACAUCCUUCAUUGCUAGCGAAACAUUUACUGUUCAAUCAUUUGCAUCCAGCGAAGUAUCUUUUGGAUCAGAUAGAGAGUCUACAAUAUCUACAGAAGCUAUUCAGGUUGAACCUUCUAUCUCCAACGACGUGGUUUUAGAAACUGCUAGUGAAUCCUUUAUUUCCAAAGCACCUACUACUAGUGAAUUUACCAUAUUAAGUGAAACAAGUAUUGUUGAACCUUCCAUUUUAAGUGAUUUACGUUUUGAAACUACCAGUCAAUCAACUGAAAUGGCUCCAUCGGCCACUGGUGUAUCAUAUUUUUCAAGUACCGAAACACCCUUAGCUUCUAGUAGCAGCUAUGAAUCAUCAUUUGCAACAAGUUCAGUUUCUGCCAUCCAAUCUAUUAAUUCACAAGUUGCAAGUGCAUCAUUUGUUUCCGCUGACUCUACAGAUUCAAGUGAAGUCGGCUCCAGUUAUACCACAGCUUCAGCUUUUGGUCCUGCUUCAAGUGCUAGUGAAGAAAAGUUUAUAUCUGUUUGGGAAACUUCCAAUUCUGGUGGUUCUUUUACUCUAGAGUCCAGCACGUCAGUGGCUUCUGUUGUAACAACCCCAUUACCAUUCACAUCAAAUGAUAUCAUAACUGAGAUUUCAUCCACCUGGAAUGGUGCUAAGUCCGAUAGCCCACAUACUUCAGAGUCUGAUAUUACUAGCCAAUACAACUCACAUUCUACUUCUGUCGCUACUCGUUCAGACUCAAUAUCAUUAACUGAUACUUUCGAAAUUGGCUUUGCAUCAACUUGGACAACCGGUGGUUCUGGAAAUGGUGGUUCCAUGAAAUCUGACGUCAGUAAUCAAGAUUCUUAUGCCACAAUGUUGCCUACUUCAUUCUUGGACACUUCAAAUUCGGAUAUCACCACUGGAGUUGUAUCAACAUGGGAUGCUAAAAAUUCCAAUUCAUAUACUUCAGCUGAGUUAUCAACAGAUCCGUACAGCUCUGAUGGUUAUGCCAGCUCUGCUACUGCAGCUCUUUCUAUAACCGAGUCAAUUCCAACUACUGAUACCAUUAAUACUGAGUACCAUUCUAAUGGGGACAUUACAACAUCAGGCGGAUUUAAAGAAAUAAGCUUGACUUCCCAUUAUGAAGGUGGUUUCACUUCUGAAUCUGCUGGAUAUACUAUUGCUUCUCCAAGUGGGUCGACUCAAGAAUUUGCAACUGCCACAAUCACAAGUUGUUUUGAAUCCAAAUGUUCCGAAAAUGUUGUCACUUACAUUUCAAGUGUUUCACAUUCAACAGUAACUACAGGCUAUGAAGAUACUAGAUUUACAGGUAGUAUCUUUUCUGGAGAUUUAGCUAGCACUGGUGAUAACAUCGUUAGUGCUCUGGGAAGAUCUGUUACGGACGCAACAAAUCCUUUUGCAACCAAUACCGAUAUUGGCACAACAUCUACGGUAUCUUUGUAUGGUGAUUUGAAUGAUUCUGAUUCAUCUGUAUCUGGUUAUCCUACUAACAGGUCUGAUUCAAAUGGCUACGCUAAUACUCCUACUACUGGAUCAAAUACAUCAGGCGAUUUUUCACAAACCAUUGAAACUGGGCUGUCGUCUUUUACAGCUAUCCCUUUUGAAAAUGGAUCAACAAAUAUUUCCAAUAAAUAUCUAAAGUUUUUGGGUACAGUUGUUAGUAUUUUAAUAUUACUUAUCUAG